CCGUCCGUUCAUCACACGCUCAGCUCUCACUCCCAAGCGGAGCGGCAAGUUAACUACCGGCCACUCUGUUUUCCCUCUGCAACUUAUCAAGGCAAAGGCUUUUUGUUUCCGGGCACGGGAUAACAAAGGAUCUCAAGAAGAGACAGAAAGCUGAAGAGAGAGUAAUGCUGCAUGGGAUUGUAAAGACAACCUGAAGGACUUGAGAUCCAUCAUUCACAAAGAGUGGCAGCUCGGACAAUCGGCUGAGGGAUGGUCCUCUCCCUGCCUCCGAUUUACUGAUGGACCCGUCAUACUGGAGAAAAUAACUAUCAGACCUUUGAAGAAUGGGCUCUCCGAACCAAUGGAUUGUUCUGAAGGUUGAAGCCAUCAAAGUUCAAAUGUGAUCAUCAACAGUAAAAUCAGAUCAGCUACAUCCAAUUCAGUUUUUCUGCUUCUGGACAUAAUACCCUUUGGACAUCUUCAAGAGACUGGACUAUAAAAAGUUUUCCCCUCAGAGAAGUCACUUUUUAGACUUUUUGAUAAUAAACAACUCUGCAGUAGCAGCUGGAGGUGACAUGGCUACAAGUAGCAUUGAAGACAACAUGAGCAGUACAUUGCUGGGCUUCAAAAGUGGACUGAAAGCAUCAAUGCCUCUUCAAAGACAUGCUCGUCAAUGCCACUCUGUCCUUGUUCCUCAUAAUUUCCCCGCUGACCAGUGAGUCAGUUGUGUCAAAUCUUUUUCUUUUUUUCUGUGUUUGAGAAGCUUGAAAGGCACUUCCCAAUCAGUUUGUUUCACUACUGUAGGUCGUACUUUGAAGAAAUAUCAGCAACUCUAUAAGAUGAAGCAAUUGCUAUGAAGAAUCAGAAUGACUGACCAUGUUACAAUCCACACAGGCCCUCACGAGGUGAUACAAAUCCAUUAUGCUCCAUGACCUUCCCUGUUUCCAGCAGAUAACUUCAGAUUGAUUUAUGAUCCCAUGGAUUAACUUUCAACUUCUUUCUGAGAGACCUUUUUAGUACGCCCUGCUGGAGUUGUGCUUGGAAUAUAACAACAGUCGAAAAACUCUUUGUGUCUGCAUGCAUCUGUCAUAUUACAUGUAGACACAGGUGAGCUUUCGUUUUUUUUUUCUUUUCUUUUUCUUUUUUUUUUAAUCAACAUGCCUUCUUUUUGGACAGCGGGAGCCUGGAUACUGCUGGCAGCGCUUGGACUACUGAGCUGCUCUAGUUUUAACUUGUCUGAGGCCUCAAGGACUAGUGGUACAAUCCCAGGAGAGAGAAAAAAGGAAGAAGAACCCUCGUCACUUGAGCGCGUAAAGAGAGGAUGGGUGUGGAACCAGUUUUUUGUGGUGGAGGAGUAUACUGGGACAGAGCCACUAUAUGUUGGAAAGAUCCAUACGGACUCUGACGAAGGUGAAGGCACCAUCAAGUACACCAUCUCCGGAGAAGGGGCGGGUUCCAUCUUCAUCAUCGAUGAACUUACAGGAGACAUACACGCCACAGAGAGACUGGACCGAGAAGAGAAGGCUUUUUACACGCUUCGGGCUCAGGCCAGGGAUCGGCUCUCCAAUGACCCGCUCGAACCAGAGUCGGAGUUCGUCAUCAAAGUCCAGGACAUCAAUGACAGCGAGCCCCAGUUCUUGGAGGGUCCCUAUAUUGGCAGCGUGGCCGAGCUGUCACCCAUCGGGACAUCUGUAAUGAAGGUCACGGCCUCAGAUGCCGACGAUCCUACGUACGGCAGCAGUGCCAGAGUGGUGUACAGUGUGCUGGAUGGAGAAAGGUUUUUUACAGUUGACCAACACACAGGAAUCAUCAUGACAGCGGUGGCAGAUUUGGACCGUGAGACACAGGAUCGUUAUGAGUUGGUCGUCAAGGCAACAGACAUGGCUGGACAAAUGGGUGGUCUCUCUGGCUCCACCACAGUGACCAUAGUGAUCACAGACGUUAAUGACAGCCCACCGCGCUUCCCACACAAGAUGUACCAGUUUACGGUGUCAGAAGGGGCUGCUGUCGGGACACCAGUUGGACGUGUCAUUGCUACAGAUGCGGAUAUGGGGGAGAACACAGACAUGAGCUAUCUGAUCAAAGAUGGACGGGAACUCUUCAAGGUCACGAUAGAUGUAGACACACAGGAAGCUGUUGUUUCCAUCAAGAAGCCGCUGGACUUUGAGAGCAGACGGACACACAAAGUUGUUGUAGAAGCAGUCAAUAAGCAUGUUGAUCCACGCUUCGUGGACCUCGGCUCUUUCCGCGACCAAGCCAUUGUCCUAGUGAGUGUAUCGGAUAUAGACGAGCCCCCCAUCUUCCAACCGGCAGAUGGCACCAUCAUGGAAGUCCAGGAGGAUGCCAAAGUUGGAACAUUGGUUGGCGUCGUCACAGCCAGUGACCCAGAUGUGAAACAUAAACCUGUUAGGUUCUCAAUUGAUCGAACAACAGACCUGGACAUGAUCUUCAAUAUUGACACCGAGUCUGGCGCUAUCACGUUAGGAAAAUAUUUGGACAGAGAGACCGCAGGCUGGCACAACAUCACUGUGAAGGCUGUUGAAGCAGAUAACGACACAAUGGCAUCCUACUCAGUCAUGAGUAUUCGGAUUCUGGAUGUAAAUGACAAUCCCCCUGAACUGGCUACACCAUAUGAAGCCUCUAUAUGUGAAGACGCCAAACCUGGCCAGUUAAUUCAUACCAUCAGUGUGGUGGAUAGAGACGAGCCACAGACUGGACAUCGCUUCUAUUUCACCCUGGCACCGGAAGCCUCCAGCAAUCGUCACUUCACCCUGUGGGAUGUCAAAGACAACACAGCUGGUAUCCGUACCCAGAGGUCAGGCUUUAACCGCCAUGAACAGAAUGUCUACUUCCUGCCCAUUCUCGUGGUUGACAGUGGGCCUCCCUCCCUCAGCUCCACAGGCACCCUGACCAUCCAUGUCUGUGGCUGCGACACAGAAGGGGCCAUCCAGUCCUGCAACGCAACAGCAUAUGUAAUGAGUGCAGCUCUCAGCCCCGGGGCCCUUAUAGCACUACUGGUCUGCAUGCUCAUUCUCAUAGUUCUUGUCUUGCUGAUCCUCACCCUAAAACGCCACAGGAAAGGCCAAAGGAUGACAGAGGAUGAAGAGGACAUGAGGGAUAACGUCAUCAAAUACAAUGACGAAGGUGGAGGGGAGCAAGACACUCAGGCGUAUGACAUGAGCGCUCUGAGGAACCUCUAUGACUUCCCAGAAGCCAAGAGCUCUGACUCUGGCCCGGACAUCCGCUCCCUUCCGCAGUGGAUACAGGCGAGCAGGGUGGGUGGCGGUGCGGAUGGAGCCAUGGCGGCAGCCACGGACUUCUCCCUUUUCAAAGGCUACAUCCGAAAGAAGGUGGAGCAGGCUGAUGCUGAUUUGUCAGUGCCGCCGUAUGACUCUUUCCAGACAUACGCCUUCGAGGGCAGCAGCUCGCCGGCGCUUUCACUCAGUUCCAUCCACACUCUGUCCACCACCUCAGAGCAGGAUUUCUCCUACCUUGGCGACUGGGGUCCACGUUUCAAGCAGCUGGCGGGCUACUAUGCUCCAGGACAACCCGAGGAGGAAGGGUCCUAGCGCAGCUUCUCCUCUGCAAAGAGACAGUCAAAACCCUCCCUUUUCCCCCUUUUUUCUGCCUCCUCUUCUCACCCUCUGGCACUCUUCUGAGAUCACCAGAGCCAACACUGUGUACUCAUUAAAGACAGAGCAACACGUCUUUUUGAAAAUUCCCAGUUGUAGAAAGAAAACGUUGAUUUUUUUUUUCCUCCCUUUUUUCCACUUCUGAGUCCCUGAGUUUUUUUAUUUAAGUUUAAUAAUGUUAUUCUAGCAAUGGUAUGGGGAAAAAGGAGUGAAUAAAAGAUAAACAAAACUGCCAUUUAGACAUGUUGGGAGAAAGCGUUUGUCUCCCAAAUUGAAAUAAAAAAAAAGAAGAGACAGAUUUCAGAUUUAACAGGCUUGGCAUUAUUAAGGCCACGCAGAGACAAACUGUUAUGAAUUUAUUUAAGGAGAAAAUAUUCAUGUAUUUAUUUUUUUUAAAUAAUUAAUUUAUUUGUACUGUGAUCACUAUGGUAACUGCAACAGUGAACUCUUCUAAAGAGCUCAACAUUGUAACAGUGACAUUAUAAAAGCAGGAGACUCUUAAAAAAAAGGACUAGUGCAACAGGACUAUACAAAAACAUGACUGGAAUGAAACUCGGAUUAUAUAAAGAUGAUAUCAAUGAAAAUAUUUGUAUUUAUUUUCUAGAACCACUUUUUAAAACAUCUGUUGUAAACAAGACAUUGGAAAAGCAGACACGGAAAGGAAAGACAAAAGAACAGCAACACCAAGGAGCUGCCUGAAUGGCUGAGACUGCCAUACUUCUGCUGCAUCUUGGUGAUUUAUUAAAAAAAGGAUUUUGGAGGUCACAAACUGCGGACAAGUGUGUGUUGACAAUGUCUUUUCUUACGCUCUCCACAGCCAUUUCUAAGGCAAUAACGCACAAACCGCAACAGUGAUUUAAGACGAACAAAAUGACUGUUUUAUGGAGUUGGCCGAUGGCCAGCUUUGUGCCACGGGGAGCCAAUAUAUAUUUUACUUUUGUUUUGUGUGAAUGUGUGCAACAUGUUCAGUUCAGUUUUUAUCCUGAGAUGUUUGAUUUUUCUUUGGAUAUUUUGUUUUCUUUUGGGGAAGGGAGGGGGAAUAAGUUCCUGCAGAAUGGUUUGGUUGUAAUUAAGAGAUAUGAGUUUACAUGGUAGCACAUGAUGAUUGGAACGGUUACAUCCACCUGAUAUCCCAACUUAUUCCUUGUUGACCUUAACUUGCAGAUGUAUGGAAAAU